UCCACACUACUCCUUAUCUUACAUUCCUGAUGCCAUUUUUUCAUCUUAUAAACAUCUUGUCUUAAUUCUAUAUUGAUCGUCGUGGCAUGAACUAAUUUUUUUAUUUUGCGCUGCAAAAAAAAACAGCGCUAACAAGCAAGGAAACACUUAGUUUGAAUGGUUUUUAAGGUUGAAGUGAAGAUUGCUUCAGACAAUAUAUAAACUGAGUAUCCAUGUCUUCGUCAGACUCAUCAGAAUACAACUUAUUCUCUUCUAGCCUUGCAAGUUAUCUUGAUAGAAAGAUUCUAAUAUUACUGCGAGAUGGCAGAAAACUCUUGGGAAUGUUCCAUUCUUUCGAUCAAUAUGCAAAUAUAGUAUUGGAAGGUACCUCUGAACGAGUAAUGGUUGGAAAUCUCUAUUGCGACAUACCUUUGGGUCUCUACGUUAUUCGUGGGGAGAAUGUUGUGCUCAUCGGAGAACGGGAGUCUACCGAGGAGGAGCUUUUGCCACACAUGACUUGUGUGUCCGUUGCAGAAAUCAAAAGGGCUCAAAAGGCAGACAAGGAUGCAGCAGAACUUAAGGGUUCCAUGAGAAAGAGAAUGGAAUUUGUUGACUUUGACUAGUACGUAUUGUACAGUCCGGAAUCAAUUUUUAUGUUAUGUUAUAAUAUAUGUUCUAUAUAACAACACUCUAACAUCCAAAAAUAUUCGGAACAAACGAGACUGUUAUAAAGAGGUUUGACUAUAUUAUUAAUGGUUGUUUCCCUCUCAUCUUAGCCUUUGAUGAAGAUGAACUGAUAUACUGGCGUUCUCUUCCAACUGUGUAUUCUAACUCCGGGAAAACUAUCUCUAGAUGGCAACGUGAAAAGUAGGAUAUAUUGAUAU